CAAUCAAUCACAGAAAAGUCAAUUUAAAUUGUCAAAUUGUCAUGUUUGCAUGGUUUGCAUGCUUGUGAUUGUGAAUGGUUUAAUUUUAUCGCGAUUUGUUGAAUUAUUAUAACAGGCGUGAUAUUCCUUAUUCUAAUUAUUUUUAACAGAAUAUAGUGAGUUAGUUGUUAUCACUGCACUGAGUUUCAUCAGCAUUCUAACCUCAAAACCGCUGAAUUACGAACAGAGUAAUCUUCGAAAAUAAAUGGGAAAUAAAUUGUAACUGUGUAAAUUUUCCGAAGUAUAAAUAAUAAAGUAAAUGAGUAUAGUUUAAAAACAUGGCGAUGAAUAUACUGCCAAGACUCCUGACUCGACGAAGUUUACGUAAAAUAUUAUCAGAGGGCACCAAAUUAACUGGUGGUGAAGUUGCUUCAGUCACCUUACUGAACAAUAUCUGUAUACCUUAUUCAACAGUCAAUCAUGAGCACCUUUUAAGACAAUUCAGAAACAAAACACAAUACUCUCAAAAGUAUUAUUCUAUUAAAGCAGCACAUCAAAGUGUAGUAGAUGAUUAUCGCAAUGAACACAACAUUACUUGCAUUGGAGAAGAUAUACCAAACCCAUACAUAGAAAUAGAGAAGAGUGACUUCCCAGAAUACAUCAAGUCAUUUUUAAAAAAUCAAGGUUUUGAGAAACCAACCAUUAUACAAUCACAAGGAUGGCCUAUUGCUUUGAGUGGACAGAAUUUUGUAGGAAUUGCACAAACAGGGACUGGCAAAACAUUAGCUUACUUGUUACCAGCUGUUGUUCAUAUUAAGGAGAAAAAGGCAAAGAAAGGCCUAGGUCCUAUUGUACUUGUCCUUGCACCUACAAGGGAACUAGCUCGACAAAUAGAAAAUGUAGCAAAAAGUUUUGAAAAGUCCAUGAAUAUUAGAACACUCUGUGUCUAUGGUGGAGCCAGUCGUGCAAUUCAAGCUAGCAAGCUUCAAGAAGGAGUUGAUAUACUUAUUGCUACUCCUGGUAGAUUAAAUGACUUCAUUACGAGCAAAACUGUCUCAUUGAAUCGAUCAACUUAUGUUGUAUUAGAUGAAGCUGAUAGGAUGUUAGACAUGGGGUUUGAACCUCAAAUACGGCAAGCUUUAGAAGGAGUCCCACUUGAAAGGCAAAUUUUGAUGUUUUCUGCCACUUGGCCUAAGGAAGUGAGACAUCUUGCUAAAGACUAUUUGGGAGAGUUUGUGCAAGUUAAUGUGGGGUCCACUGAACUGUCUGCAAACCACAACAUAAAGCAACAUGUACAUAUAUGUGACACAGAUAAAAAACUAAGUUUACUUCAAUCUAUAAUGCAUGAGAUUUCUGGCGAAGGAUUUGGUAAAUUGUUGAUUUUUGCGAACACUAAGAGAUUUGUGGAUACUUUAACCCUUGCACUAAGAAGAAACGGUUGGCCAGCGGAUGGGAUUCAUGGUGAUAAGACUCAGGCCCAGAGAGACAAAAUUAUUUAUAGGUUUAAGAAUGGUCGUGCAAAGAUUUUAGUAGCAACUGAUGUUGCUGCACGAGGACUUGAUGUGGAUGGUGUUACACACGUGAUCAACUAUGAUUUCCCCAACACGUCUGAAGACUACAUCCACAGAAUAGGCCGCACUGGUCGUCAUGAAAACAAAGGAGUGUCUCACACUAUCCUUACUGACGAGGACGCGAGGCAAGCCAGCAGUUUGAUUGAAGUUCUCAAAGAAGCUAAUCAGGAAAUUCCACAGGAUUUAGACGACUUGGCUCGUUCACAUGAUAUAUCGAAAAUGAAAGAAAAACAGAUGAAGAUGAGACCAAAGCAAAAUAACUACCAAUACGGACAAAAUAACCACCAAUACGGACAAAAUAACAGAAGCAACUUCCAAUACGGUCAAAGAAACAAGUUUAAUAGAUUCAACAAAUUCAAAAGCGUUAAAUCAAGUAGAUAUGGUGAUGAUUACGUGUAAAUAUUUAGUUAGCAAUACUUGUAGUGGUAUAUAUAACCUGUGUUAUAGCUCGUAGUGCAAUAUAUUGUUUUUAUUGCUA